AUGGCAGGAUUUGUUGCGGCGUUCGCGAAUCCGUUCAACUAUUUCGGAGGAGUGAGCUUUAACCCCGAAAGAGACAUUCCCAACUUGUCUGGGAAGGUUGUUCUGGUGACAGGAGGAAAUGCUGGCCUGGGCAAGGAGACAAUCUUGCAACUGUCAAAACACAACCCAAGCAAGAUCUUCCUCGGUGCACGGUCGGAAUCCAAAGCAACCGAGGCAAUCAAGUCAAUCAAAUCUUCAGUAUCGAACGACGUCGAAAUAACAUGGCUUCCGAUGGAUCUCACAUCGACCGAGUCAAUCAAGAAAGCCGCCGACCAAUUUAAAUUGCAAUCCCAUAGACUUGACAUCCUGGUGCUGAACGCCGGUGUCAUGGCGCUCCCACCAGGGGAAACCGAGCUGGGCCAUGAGAUCCAGCUCGGCACCAAUCACACGGGCCACUUCUUAUUGACUAAACUUCUCCUACCGACAUUGCUGAAAACAGCCGAAGAGCCCGACUCCGACGUUCGGGUCGUGUCACUUUCAUCAAUCGGACACAACUACGCACCUUGCUUCGAGACAAUCCUGAAUCAAAAGAAACUCAAGAAAGUCGACACGAGUGCCCGGUACGGUGCCUCGAAGGCUGCCAAUAUCCUCUUCGCAGCAGAACUCAGCCGGCGUCAUCCCUCAAUUACAUCAGUCUCUGUACACCCAGGCAUUAUUCUGACAGAUCUCUAUGGCUCAAUCAGCGAGCGCUCGUCUCUUGUUGCGCUAGGAUCCAAGACACUUAGCUUCUUUGGAUCAUCUGUGGCAGAGGGUGCUUAUAAUGAGCUUUGGGCGGCUGCUGGUGCAAAGAAGAUGGAUCUUGAGAAUGGCGCUUAUUAUGUCCCUGUUGGAAUUCGCAAGGAACAUAAUAAGUAUGUGCGGAGCGAGAAGAUGGGCAAAGCGCUUUGGGAAUGGACCGAAGCUGAACUUCAGAAGGUGAACCUGUGA